AUGACGGUAUGGAAUUUUUCAAAUUUGGUAGGAGAAUAUCGGCAGGAAGGUCUGUGUCUCCAGCCAACGUGGGAUGGGACAGUAGCUGACGGGCUUCCAAGCUGCCACUGGGGUCUCCGAAACCGCCGAGGGGCGGCUGGAGGAGGCCGACACCGCCACCUACUUCACUUAAAUCUUAAUACACCUCCUCCCAGGGGCCCGGAACGGCGGGCAGGGAUCGUGGUAUCAGAUGAAAGUCCAGGAUCACCAAAUCAGCUUUGCAUCCCUGAUAGCAUGUUCCUACAGGAAAGAGGGAACUAUGAAACUUCCUCCCACAACAGCAGGCGCAUGUUAUUUCAGGAGUCAGUGACAUUUGAGGAUGUAGCUGUGAACUUCAGUCAUGAGGAGUGGCAGUGUCUGACCCACUCUCAAAGGCACCUCUAUAAAGAUGUGAUGUUGGAAAAUUAUGGGAACAUGGUGUCACUCGGAUUUUCAUUUGCUAAACCUCCUUUGAUCUCCUGUCUGGAGCAAGGUGCAGAGUCCUAUGUUCAGGAUCAACAGGACUGGGAGUUCCUGAGCUGCUCCUAUCCAGUAUCAGCUGCCAAGACAUGGCCUGAGAGUGAGAAGGCAAGAUCAGAACAGGAGGUUUUUAAAAAUGGAGAAGUAUGCUGGGUGAAAUUUAAAAGUCUCCUAAAAGUUGUUUCCCAGGAUCCAGAGGCUGGAGAAGUUUGUGUACAAGAUGUCAAAUUAGAGAAUCAAUGGGAAAUGCCUGUGAGGGAGAAACGGAGAGAAGAGAAAGAAAGCUGUGAGAAAGUGACUUUCAGGAAAGGAAAGAACCAGAAGGGACUUAUAAAACACUUCAGUCCAAACUCAGAAUGUAUUCUGUAUGGAGUUCUUACAGAAAAGAAACAGCAUGAAUGUACCCGAUGUGGCAAAAAUUUCAAUUGGCAUUCUGACUUAAUUCUCCAUGAGCGAAUUCACUCUGGCGAGAAACCCUAUGUGUGUAAUGAGUGUGGGAAAGCAUUCAAGACCAAAAAUCAACUUUUCAUGCACCAGAUAAUCCACACAGGGGAGAAACCCUUUAACUGUACCCAGUGUGGGAAGGCCUUCAGUAGUAGAUCUGCUCUUUGCCGACAUAAAAAAACCCACAGUGGGGAGAAGCCACACCCAUGCAGUGACUGUGGGAAGGCCUUCAAGACCAGGUACUGUCUCAGGAUGCAUCAGAUCAUCCACACAGGAGAGAAGCCUUACGAAUGUAGUGACUGUGGGAAGGCCUUUCAGUUUAAGCAUUCCCUCAUCAUCCACAGCAGGAGCCACACUGGGGAGAAACCCUAUGCAUGUGAAGAGUGCGGGAAGGCUUUCAGCGGGCGCUCAGACCUCAUCAAACACACAAGAGUCCACACUGGGGAGCGACCUUAUGAGUGCGACGAGUGUGGGAGGGCCUUCAGCUGGAGCUCAGACCUAAGCAAACACAGAAGACUCCACACUCAGGAGAAACAUUGUGGGUGCCCUCGGUGUGGAAAAGCCUUCAGCAACGAAGCAGAGCUCACCAAACAUAGAAGAAUCCACACCAAAGAGAAGCCUUACAAGUGUAAGGAGUGUGGGAAAGCCUUUCAUCAUAACUGUCAAUGCCGGGCUCAUGAACGAGGACACACCGGGGAUAAGCCCCAUCGAUGUGGGGAUUGUGGAAAAACUUUCCAAGAUCAACACUGCCUUACCAUCCAUCAAAGAAUCCACACUGGAGAGAAACCUUAUAAAUGUUCAGAGUGUGGCCGAGCUUUCAGUGGGAAAUCAAACUUGACCAAUCAUCAAAGAAUCCACACUGGAGAGAAACCUUACAGGUGUGAGGUGUGUGGAAAGGUCUUUCAUCAGAGCUCAGUCCUGAGACAGCAUGAAAGAAUCCACACGGGUGAGAAGCCAUUUACCUGCCAUGAGUGUGGCACGUCUUUCCGUCAGAGCUCAGCCCUGAUUGGACACAAGCGAGUUCAUACUGGAGAGAAACCUUAUGUAUGUGAGGAGUGUGGAAAAGCUUUCAGAGUGAGUUCAAAUCUUACUAGACAUAAGAAAAGGAAACACAGAGUGUGGGAAAUCCACAAACUUGGGGAGAGUGGGAAAUCUCCCUCUCCAGUAACUGGUUCUCAGACCUUUUCAUUCAUCAAUAUUUUGACCACCAACACCUGA